AUGGAUGCGGAUAAUCAGGCGUGUCACGGUGAUCCCCAAUUCAUGAACGUACUGGAGACCUGCUUGAAGAUGGAAAUUAGGGCAUGCAGGGAAAAGUUAGCAGUUAACUCGUUGGCGAUAGCGAGGAUGAGGACCAAGAUACGCAACGAAAUCAGCAGGAGGAAGCAGCUCAAGGAGCAGGUGGCGCAAAUGCAGAAAAUCAAUGUGAGAUUGAACGAGAGCUUAACGAGAUUGCAUAUAAGCAACAGCGAGACGACGAACAAGGUGGAGGCUAUGAGAGCGAAUAUCGACGAUCAGUAUAAAUUGAUGGAGCUGAGGGCGCAAGAGUAUCAAGACAUCAUCGCCGACUACAAGAACACGUCGGAUGCUUAUCACGCUAUGUACGAGGAAUUUCCGCUGGCGAAAGCCAGAAACGCGGCCAAGAUCAGCCUGAGGAAGCUGCAAAUCGAGCAUAUGGUGAUGACUUACAAGAAGACGGAGAUGGUGACGAUUAUUCAGCAGAGACAACGUAUCAAUUGGGUCCGUAUGCGCUGCAAGAUAAUUGAGUUCGUCUACUUCAUGGCGGAACGAUUGAAAUUGGAGGAGAGGUUGACGAGACUGAGGGGGAACGUAAAUCACCACAGAAAGGAGUUACAAUCGCUCGAGAUGGAGAUACAAGCGCAACACAAGAGGCAGGAAGAUCAGAGGAGACUUCGGAAGCAGAUGUUAGAGAUGGCACCACCGAAAAUCAACAUACCGUACCAGCAAAUGUACGUUCGUACGCCUCAAACGCAUAUAAGAGUUCAGCACCAAUGGCUACAAGCCGAAAAUUUUGACGAUAACGUGUCCAUCAAUACCAUGGCUCUGGAAGAACUAUGUAUAACCGAGUCCACCAUAAUGUCGCCCGAGGAAAUAAACGUGGAGUCGGUACACGAGAAGGACCCCGAAUAUACCGUCGUCCAGACGGAGAGCCAUGAUCCGAAAACACCCGCCGUUCCCGAAAAGACGAACACGCCUGCUGCUUCGGCAGCGCCGGCGGAUGUCGAGACGGACGCGGUCGAAAGAACAGCUUCAGCGGACAAUGACGUAGAAAUGAAGGAGAUCCAUCGGGACGAAGAGACCAGUCAGCAGUCGCAGCAGUCCGCGAAAACGCAGACAAGUCCCCGCACAAAGGGGAGCCUGCUCAAGCAUAGUGCCGCCACGAGUACACAGGACGAAAUUGAAGCGAAAAGAAUGCGACUUCAAAGGAAAAACAGUGAGGGAAGUAGUAGCAAUAGGAUAAAUGUCCUUCGGCCAUCGAUCGUUGCCCAAAACGAUAACGCAGAGUUGCUCAAAUCGUCGACGUCGGUCCCGAAAAUUAGAAAAGUAGAAACGGUGCACUACAACGUACCCCUGCUGCCAAACCUGGCACGUCGCCCGAGCGGCGCGACGAGCAAUAUAUUUUCGCCGCCGCAUUACGAGUUCUGCGAGAGCAACCUAAGCUCCUUCGACCAGGACUUCGCGAAAGGUUGUUCCAUGUCAUUAUACGACGGAUCUCUAUGCAAUUAUCGGUUAUCUCCCAUCUCCAACGUGUCGCCCAUACGUUUCGAGGGAGAAGCGCCGACCGCCCCACCUACAAAGCCUUUGCAGCAGGACGAUAAAAAGCAGCCCGACGACAAGAUGUCAAUAUUUCACUUUAAUGAUUUCGCGAAGAAGCCGAAAAGCAACUUCACUCUGUUUUGA